AGCCUCUUAUUGUGGAAAUGUAGCGGAAGUAUGACCCCCCCCCAAAGACCCGGACGUUGUUGUGGUGUGCAUCAGUUGAAUGGACGCAAAUAGUGGAUUUGGGACUUAUUUUCAGAUUAAAUCUUUGUUUUGAAGGUUCAGACAGCUGCUGGGUCAGCAGGCCUUCAUGGCUCACAUCACCAUCAACCAGUACCUGCAGCAGGUUUACGAGGCCAUCGACAACCGCGAGGGCUCCUUCUGUGCUGAGCUGCUGUCCUUCAAACACCCGCACGUUGCCAACCCCCGUCUCCAGCUGGCGACUCCAGAGGAUAAGUGUCAGCAGGUUCUGGAGCCACCGUACGAUGAGAUGGUCGCAGCUCACCUCAGGUGUACCUACGCUGUAGCCAACCAUGACUUUGUUGAAGCCUACAAGUUCCAGACGCUCGUUGUUCAGUCCUUCUUGAAGGCCUUUCAGUCCCACAAAGAGGAGAACUGGGCUCUGCCCGUGAUGUUUGCUGUCACUCUGGACCUCCGGAUAUUCGCCAACAACGCGGAGCAGCAGCUACAGAAGAAGGGUAAAGGUCAGCCUAGCGAGAUGUUGGAGAAAGCAGCAGAGCAGCUGAUGAGCUGCUUCAGAGUUUGUGCCAGUGACAAUCGUGCAGGUAUUGAGGACUCAAAGAAGUGGGGGAUGAUGUUUCUGAGCAACCAGCUCUUCAAGAUUUAUUUCAAGAUCAAUAAGCUGCACCUGUGCAAACCUCUGAUUAGAGCCAUUGAUAGUUCCAACCUGAAGAACGACUACAGUCCAGCUCAGAAGGUCACCUACAAAUACUACGUGGGCCGCAAAGCCAUGUUUGACAGUGACUUCAAACUGGCCGAGGAGUUCUUGUCAUAUGCUUUUGAUCACUGUCAUCGAUCCAGCCAGAAGAACAAGAGGAUGAUCCUCAUUUACCUGCUGCCUGUCAAGAUGUUGCUGGGUCACAUGCCAACGCAUCAGCUCCUUAGGAAGUAUGACCUCAUGCAGUUUUCUGAUGUUACCAAAGCUGUGAGUGAAGGGAACUUACUGUUGCUGAAUGAGGCUUUGUCCAAACACGAGACCUUCUUCAUCCGCUGCGGGAUCUUCCUCAUCCUGGAGAAGCUGAAGAUCAUCACCUACAGGAACCUCUACAAGAAAGUGUAUCUGCUGCUGAGGACUCACCAGCUGCCUCUGGAUGCCUUCCUGGUGGCUCUGAGGAUGAUGAAGGUGGAGGAUGUCGACAUCGACGAGGUGCAAUGUAUCCUGGCCAACCUCAUUUACAUGGGUCACAUCAAAGGCUACAUCUCCCACCAGCACCAGAAGCUCGUGGUCAGCAAACAGAAUCCCUUCCCUCCUCUGUCCUCUGUCUCAUAGUCUAUGAGACAAUCCUACAGGGCUGCUUUCCUGGAAACUUUACUCACUCAAUUCAUAUUUUCUUUAUUUUGUACUUUAAAAACAUGUCGAAUAAAACAGAUGUUGGUUUGUAGAGCUUGUAUCUGGUUAUUACAUUUGUUGCUAUGAAUUGUGGGUGUCAAAGGUUUUAUUUUAAGCAGAACUGAACUUUUACCACCACAAGAUUAAGAGACUGGAAUUUGUUUUUUCAAAAGCAUUUUAAUUUACACAUUUCAAAUACAAAUAUUAUUCAUGACUUAAUGUUUGUGAAGUGCAGCAGCAGAAAGUUUCAAUUUUGUGUUUUUGUUGUGACCAUUUGGAAAAAAGAAACUGAAUGUAGGACAAGAGACUCAUAGCAAAACUGUUUUAUGUUCAAAGUUUUCAGGGAGGAAAGUUUCUUUAGGGAGCUGCCGUACCUAAAGAAGAAAACAAAAAACAUUACAAGUGACCAAGAACAGGUGGAUCGGUUUUAGAGUUUUAAAUAUGGUGGCGAUCUGUUAGCGAGCUUCUGGAUAUUGUCUAACUUGGGGAGUCAUGGCUAACUUCUCGAUCACCUCCAGCCUCAUUCGGAUCCAGCUCAGGUAACGAGACAGUUUGCUGAACACCAAACCACCGCCGCUGGCCUCGCACUCAGAGGGUGAUGAGAUUAGCA